GCGUCACGCCGGCGGAGGGCUCGGUGGGCUGCGGCCGACCCACCGACCAGGAGCCCGGCGUCGGGAGCGAAGGGGAGACGGCCGCAUCCGCCCAGCUAGCCGCGAGCGACGCAGCCCGACCGGCUGGGGGUCGCCAGUGAGCAGUCACCGGCUCCAUUCAUUCCCGCGGCUCCGCCUCCUCUCCUGGGCUCCGCGGGCACGUCCGAGAGGAUGGCAUUCCCUGUGGAUAUGCUGGAUAAUUGCACUCACGAGGAAUUGGAAAAUUCUGCUGAAGAUUAUAUGUCAGAUCUAAGGUGUGGGGACCCUGAGAAUCCUGAGUGUUUUUCUCUUCUCAGUAUUACGAUUCCUAUUAGCCUGUCAAAUGUAGGCUUUGUACCUCUUUAUGGUGGAGAUCAGACGCAGAAAAUUCUUGCUCUUUUUUCACCGGAGGACUCACUCACAGCUGUUGCAUUUUACCUUGCUGAUCAGUGGUGGGCUAUUGAUGAUAUUGUGAAAACAUCUGUCCCUUCUAGAGAGGGACUUAAGCAGGUGAGAACUCUUGGGGAGAGAGUGGUUCUGUAUGUUCUGAAUCGAAUUAUUUAUAGAAAACAGGAAAUGGAGAGAAAUGAGAUCCCAUUCCUGUGUCAUAGCAGUACUGAUUAUGCUAAGAUUCUGUGGAAGAAAGGAGAGGCCAUUGGGUUUUAUUCAGUUAAGCCUACAGGAAGUGUAUGUACCUCAUUUCUUACCCAAAACUACCAAUUGCCAGUUCUUGAUACAAUGUUUAUAAGAAAGAAAUAUCGAAGCAAAGAUUUUGGGCUUCAUAUGCUGGAGGACUUUGUUGAUUCCUUUACAGAAGAUGCACUUGGUUUGCGGUAUCCACUGUCCUCGCUGAUGUACACAGCUUGCAAGCAAUACUUUGAAAAGUAUCCAGGAGACCAUGAACUCCUGUGGGAAGUUGAGGGUGUUGGACACUGGUGCCAGCGAAUACCCAUCACCAGAGCAUUACAGAGAGAAACACUUAAAAUUACAGCACUUUCUCCAAGUGAAGCUAAAAGACCUGUGUCUGGAGAAUAUGGUCUUGCAUCUGCUCCAGAAUAUGAAGCAAGAACUGAAGACAGUCAGUCUAGUGAGAUGCAGCUAACUAUUGAUUCUCUGAAAGAUGCCUUUGCAAGUACUUCUGAAGGUCACGAUAAGACACCAGUUUCCACCCGUACACGAAGUAGCCAUCUGAAGCGGCCAAAGAUCGGCAAGCGGUUUCAGGAUUCUGAAUUUAGUAGCUCUCAAGGCGAAGACGAAAAGACACCUCAGACUUCACCUAUGUCUUCAGCAAACAAAUUGGAGCCUACUGCACACACAUCAGAGAGCUCAGAAGAAUUCCUGGAGGAAGAACAGGAACGGAGUGUGAUUGAAUUUGAGGAUGGAAGUGGUGACAAAGAUGCUCGCUCAGCACCAGAAACCCAGCCACACUUGGAGAAGCAAGAUGGUGAAAAGGAAUCUGAAUUAGAGCCUAUGAAUGGUGAGAUAAUGGAUGAUAGUCUUAAGACCUCUCUUAUAACUGAAGAGGAAGACUCCACUAGCGAAGUUUUAGAUGAAGAAUUAAAAUUGCAGUCUUUUAAUUCCAGUGAAGACUCUGCAAAUCUUGUUCCACUGAUGGUAGAAUCUUCAAAACCCUCUGAGGCUAUUGCACAGGAAAAGACCUCGCAUGUAACUGACUCAGAAAUGUUGCUAGAGGAAGGCCCAUCUGAUGAGAAGGGGCACCCAGAAGAGAAGCUGCCGCUAGUUUCAAGAAAGAAGGCACAUUUUGGAAGUUCGGACAAUGUUGCUACUGUCCCAAAUGAAGAACGAUCUGACAGUGGUUUUCCAAACUCUGUAAUAGCUGAAUUGUCUGAAGAAUCAAUCUCUGAAAAUUUAUCACCCAACACUACUUCCUCAUUGGAAGACCAGGGCGAAGAGGGGGUACCCGAACCCCAGGAAACAUCUACAACUCUUCCUCAGAGUUCUUUGAUAGAGGUUGAACUUGAAGAUGUGCCAUUUUCACAGAAUGCAGGACAGAAGAACCAGUCAGAGGAGCAGUCUGAAGCCUCUUCUGAGCAACUGGAUCAGUUUACACAAUCAGCAGAAAAAACUGUGGAUAGCAGCUCAGAGGAGAUAGAAGUGGAAGUCCCUGUUGUAGACAGGCGGAAUUUAAGAAGAAAGGCCAAAGGGCAUAAAGGACCUGGUAAGAAGAAAGCCAAGCUCGCCUGAAUGAAGAAAUGUGGAUGAUAAAUCCUCUUCUUUGUAACGUAAUUGUUUUUAAAAUAUGGUAAUAAAUAGCACGGGGCACAGGACAAAAAUUCCAAAAUCUCAAUUUGAACUUAUUUAUGAUGCAGUUUUUCUCUCCCCCUUAGGACCUAGGAUUCACCAUUGUUUUUAAUUUUUCAGGCUAUUUUGUGUAAAUACAGUUUUUUAUUUUUAUUAAUCAUGUUUCAAUUUUGGGAAACCAGAUCAUACUAUAUUUUCUUUAGUAGUUGGGGACAUCUGAUCAUUACUAUUUCAGGAAAUAUAAAUUAGAAAACUGAAAGUAGUAGACUUUCCAUUACUUUUGGGGAUCACAGAAAUCUUUUACACUAAGGGUUUUAAAUAGUAAACUUGGUGAGGGUUCUAGAAGUUUUAGCUUAAAUAUCAAACUAAUCAACAUUUUUUAAAAUGUAGGCAUGCCUAAACAAAAAUAUCAGUAAAUUAGAAUAAAUAUAAUUUCAGCUAAAUGAGAGCACAAAUUAUAGAAAUUUAUGGUCAAAGGUUUAUGAGGGUGGUAUUUUGGCCUCUCAGUUCAUUGUUGUUGAGGAUGCAGUUUCUUCCUUUGACUUCAAUGUCUGAAUAGGUACAAACUUUCUAACCCACUCUUUACAACAUCUAAUAUUAACAGUACUGCUAGGGAUUUAACUCUGGCAUGUAGGUACUAAUAUCAUUACUUAAAUUUUUUUUUCUAAGUUGGGGAUCAUACUUUUGUCCUCACCUAGUGAACAUGGAUACUUCAGAAAUAUGAGAACCCUUCCUAAGACUUCUCUUUAAUCCUGCCACUGCCUUUAUUCUAGAAUCUUAUUUAUAUUCAUUCCCCUCAGCUUUCAUCCACUUCCCUAACACGUGGAGUGAUUCCUGUCAAAAGAUCUUCCUGCCUGCCUGCCAACUCAUGCCCUUGGCAUCCAUUUCUGGGUAGGUAUGAAACUUCACCCCACAAUCUUAGAGCUGGCAGGAGUACAGCUGCCCUAAGACCUGUAGUUACCAGAGCUUAAAUCAGGUUGGACACUUUGGUUGUCCCUUUGAUCUUGCUUACUCUUAAUUUGUUCUGAGAACAGGUUACAAGCCAGCCUGCUAAUCGUGUUGCCAUAGCAAAGGCCUUUGCCUAGGAAAAGGUUAAAAAAAAUCCCUCGAUUGUUAAUUUUUAUAAUUUAUUUAGAAAUGAACAAAAUGGUUGUUCUUAGAAUCCAAAGAGAAUCUCAAAACAAUACUAUUCUUUGAAGUAUUAUGUAUACUCAGAUGUGUAUUUAAGGUGAAGAAUGCUUUGAAACUACUUAGAUUGUUUUUAAAACAACCUUGGUCCUUAAUGAAAAAAAUGUGUUAGGACUUUUUGUCAUUAUUUGAGGUGCUAAGGAUUGAUGUUGAGUUUUUUAGUCCAGUCGGGUAAUGUCAUUAAAUUUUAUUUUGAGAUGAUGGUAUUUUAGGAAUUUCUACAUUAAAAUCUUUUAAGCAGGCAAAAUAGCAAACACCCCUAUUUGUUGUAAAAUUUGGAGUACUUGUAUCCCCAAAUUUUCUUUAAUUAUUGCUUGAGGUAAGCCAGAGUUCAUGCUAAAUGAAAAUUAUAGCACUUUUGCUAUUUGGUUUCUCAAAAAAAAGUGCUAAAUAAGUAAAAGAAAAAGUAUUAGUAACACUAGUUAUCAAAUGUUCAUGCUUAUACAUUUUACUAAAAAAUUUGUUAAAAUUACAAGUAGAAAAAUGAAGAUUUAAGAUUUAGUAAGUUCUUGUUCUUAAACUUUUCAUUUUUAUUAUAAUAGAUAAAAAUCUAACAUUUUACUUUAUUUGGAUUAUUAAUUUUCUUUAAAAAGGUGUAAUUUAGGAAGAUUGAGCUCACUGACAAUGCUUGAUGUGUAAAUAUAGUUGCUGAGUUUACAAAAAGAAAUGUUUAGUAAUUCAUAUUUGAUUGCUAUUCAUAUUUAACAGUAUAAACUUGUUAAACAUGUUUGGUUUAUUCUUAAAAAAGAAGUGCAUUUUAAGCAAUUUAAAAACUUUUUUCCAGCACUCAAGAAAACUUGUUACAUAUUAUCUCUAACAGAAAAUGUUAUUUUGGCAUUUUCCUUGGUAAAGGAAAGUUGGGUCAUAUGGAAAAACCUGACUUUCACAUUAACAUGUUCAUUUUCAGUAAAUGAAUUCUAUAGUCAGUGAGUAUAGAAUUUAUAUCAAAAUAUAUCAUCAACAAUGAAACUAAAUUUCAUCAGAAUACUUAAAGUUUUUGCAAGGCAUUAGAAAAACUUUCAGAUUAGAGGACGGAAAUCUGGUUUCAGCCAGCUAGUCUAGUCGCUAAGUGUCCAGUCACAUCCUGUAGUCCUUUGUGAGCUGUUUUCUGUUUAGAGGUCUUAUUCGUGGAGAAAGGAGUUCACUUCAGUUUGUGUAAAUACAUAUAUAUUUCCUUGUGUAAUAUAAAGCAGACAGUUAUCAAAAUUUUAGUUGUACUUUUGUUUAUUAAAGUGCUAGACAUCACAGAAAUAAGUAUAUUUAAGAAUUUAUUAUAAAGCUCCUCUACAAUUUUAAAGGUGAGAGGGUCUGUUGUGAUUUUAUAUAAAAUCAAAUAGCAUGAGAGAAUAUCAGUCAUCUGCUUAAAUUGUGUCUAUAUUCAUGGUGUUCCCAUUAAGCACAGAGAAUUUCACAGGAAGGAUAACAACUAGUGAUUAAUGGUUCACUUUUUGAUGACCACCAGAACACUACACUACCUAAAAUGGUUUCAGUGACUUUAGAAACAUACUGGAGGUUUAUGAUUGCAGUAAAUUGAGCAGCUACCAAGUGACUCAUAUUUGCUCUUAUGUUCUGCUUCACCCUUAGGGAUUACCUUCUAAAAUUUGGUCACACCAGCAAACUGAAACAGAUUCUUAAUGUGUAAAUAAAGAAUUUAUACUAACAUUACUCAUCUGUGUAACAGUAUUUUACAAUUUCUGCCUUGUAUGUCCACUAACUUCAGUAUUGUGUUUAAGGUGUUAUCCAGUAUUUUAUGGGUGUGGUUAGUUAUGCUUCUGUUUGCGUAUUUACUAUCAAGCUUUCUUUGUACAAUAUAGUUAACUUGCUUAUUUUUGGUUCUAAAAAAUAAGCAGACCUUAGUUCUGUAGUAUCAAGUGCUUACCUUUAGUUGAUGUUUUGUUUUCACCUUCCAAAACCUAAGUUAUUUACACAUUCCCCAUUUCUAUUACUGGCAAAAUCAUUUGUUAAAAUCUAAUUGUGAGAAAGGUUCAGCUUCUGUUUCCCUGAAGUAAUUGUAUUGUUAUACUGGAUAGUCAUUCCCAAGGAACUAGCCUAGCCUUUCUUUUCCUAAGUGUCUGUAUUCUAAAACUUACACUGUUUAUAGAAUUUAGAAAAGGUUAUAUUACAUUAUUCAGAAUAGCAAGUCUUACUGAAGUAUUCGUUUGUUUUCUUGAUAGUUUUUUUUUCUUUUAAGUUUAAAUAGUAAUUAAACCUAUAUUUUGUGAUUGUUUCUGGUGUGUUUUGAAAUUCUUUUUCUUUUCCAUAAUUUCAUUGAUGUUUAGAUACUUAAUUUGUUUAGACAUUAAAAUGAUUUUGUUAAAGGCACAGUUAAUCACACUGUUGUACCUUUAAGACAGACUUUAAAAAAUAAACCAAAUUUAAAACAAUGAUUAUAGAUUAAUAUAGACACCCUAUAAUAAAGCCACAAACAUAUAAUUCAUAUCACAAAAGUGCUUUGACCUAGUUAUAAUGCUAACAUCUUUUUUAUGUUAUAUGUGACUAUCAAUAUAUUUCCCUUAAAGGAUCAUUUUUCCUGAAAUUAUUUAAACAAAUAUUUCCAGUUCUGAAAAUAUACUACCUUAAGUUUAGAACAUAGAAAAUGCUCAAGUAUAAACAUUUUGGUGUUUUUUCAUGUUUCAAAUAGAAAACAGUUCUGAGUAAGUAUUAUUAUAAAUGAUGAAAGAAGAAAAUUUUUAGAAUACUAACUACUGAUUUAAUGUCUGAAGUUAAGAAUUAUAGGUGAAAAGAUUUAUCUAAGUACUUCUGAAUUCGAUUUAGUGUAAUGUACCUUUUCUUGUGUAUCUUUAAUGUGAAUACUUUAUAAAGGUAACAAACAUUACCAAGUGUGUUAAUGCUACAGUUCUUAGGAUUAAUGAUGAAUAAUGAGGUUAUAGAUAGACUUUUACAGCCUAGACCCCAUACUAAGUGCGCACUCUUAGGAUAAAAGGUAUUUUCAACUACACUGGCUUUUCCAGAAAUGACAGAUACUGAUGAAACAGGAUAUUGCUUAAACUGCUUUUUUUUUUUUACCAUUUAAUUUCAUGAAUAGCUAAAUGAUAAACAGACCCAAAGACAAAUACCAAUUAGUAAAACUGGGCCAUUUUAAUGUUCUUUACAAUAAAACAGUUCUCCUGAUGACUGCAAACAUGUAAGCCAUUGUAAUAACUGAAGUAUGCAGAAACAUCACAGUCACAUCUUCCUGAUUGGUGCAUAGUCUUCCAAUAAUUACAGGGAGUUACUUGUAUGAAACUGCUGUCAAACCAGUAAGACUGCAUUUAUACAUCCAUCAUUCUCAGGAUUAUUGGUAACCUGGGCAU